UUUGUUUUCAAGCUCACUGCAGCCAAGCAGCAGGACCACUUUUUUCAAGCUGCUUACCUGGAGGAGAGAGAUGCCUGGGUGCGGGAUAUCAAGAAAGCAAUUCAUUGCAUAGAUGGAGGCCAAAGGUUUGCUAGAAAAUCCACAAGGAAGUCCAUCAGACUGCCAGAAACAAUCAACCUGAGUGCUUUGUACCUCUCAAUGAAAGAUCCUGAAAAGGGAAUAAAGGAGUUGAAGCUGGAAAAAGAUAAAAAAGUGUUCAAUCACUGCUUUACAGGAACCUCUGUAAUUGAUUGGCUGGUGUCUAGCAACUCCAUCCGAAAUCGCAGAGAAGGUCUCAUGCUUGCCUCUUCCCUCUUGAGUGAAGGGUACCUACAGCCUGCAGGGGAUACAUCCAAGGCUGCUGCUGAGGGACUGUCAGACACCCCCUUCUUAGAUCUCAGCGAUGCCUACUACUACUUUCCAGACAGUGGGUUUUUCUGCGAGGGAAAUUCUAGCGAUGAUGAUGUGGUCCUGAAAGAAGAAUUCAGAGGCAUGGUAGUCAAACAAGGAUGUUUGCUGAAACAGGGACAUCGGAGGAAGAACUGGAAAGUGCGAAAGUUUGUCUUAAGAGAGGACCCUGCAUAUCUUCACUACUAUGAUCCUGCGGGAGGAGAAGAACCACUGGGAGCAAUUCACUUGAGAGGCUGUGUGGUGACAGCAGUGGAAGAUAUGCCAGACUCCAAGAAGUAUGAUGCUGACAACAUCCUCUUCGAAAUCAUCACAGCAAACGAAAUCCACUAUUACUUGCAAGCAGCCUCAUCCGCAGAGCGUACAGAGUGGAUCAGAGCAAUUCAGGCAGUUGCUAGGACUGGAAAAUGAAGAUGAUCUGCCAGCAAGCAGACUGACAGCUGAAGUUAGUUACAUAAAACAGGAAUUUUAGCGCUUCACUGAGAGAAAGCAGUAUCAUCCAGAAAGGCAUCCUAAGGGUUUG